AUGGCCCAGGUGGACAAUGAUAGAUGUUCCUUGACCGUCGUCAUGGACUGCUUCCCGCCGAUACUAACAGGCAGGGCGACCAAGUGCUCGAUGCAUGCUGAUAUUCUUAGCGCAUGCACCCCGCUCAGGGGCAACACAAUACAGCAGGGAUGGAUUCUCGCCGACUUCAAGCUCGGCACCAGCCCCUGCUGGGAAGGUAAUAGUGCUAGGUCGCCCUUAUCAGCCAUGGUGAUCAUCAAUGGCUCGGAUUACCCGCCAUCAUGGAUCACAACUCCCGUCGACCAUUUCAAUAGUUCGGAUACUCGCACGUUCCAGAAUCGCUACUGGUUUAACGCGACCUUCUACCAGGAAGGCGGGCCAGUCUUCUGGUUUGAUUCUGGCGAGCAGAAUGCUCAACCACUGGUGCCUUAUUUCCUCAAUGAGGUCGCAGGGCCCUCAGCUGUCAUGACACUUGCCCGUCGAUUCAACGGACUCGCCUUGCUCGCCGAGCAUAGGUACUACGGCGGCUUGGAAGAAGGCAGCUACCCAUAUCCCAUCAACAGCACCACAGGAGAGCUUCUUGAUCCUGAGGGGUACAAAUAUCUCAACACAGAGCAAGCUCUGGAGGACACGGUCUACUUCGCAAAUCACUUCGAGGGCCCCACAGGCGUCAGCGGAUCUCUAUCCCCAGACACAACGCCAUGGGUUUGGCUCGGUGGCAGCUACCCCGGGAUUCGCGGUGCCCAGCUCAGAGUUCGAAACCCUGAGACUUUCUACGCGACGUGGGCAUCGAGUCCGCCCACCGAAGCAGCUUUGGACAUGUGGACGUACUACGCACAGGCGGAGAGAAGCAUGACAAGAAAUUGCUCUGCCGACUUGACCGCAAUCACACGACAUGUCGACGGUGUUCUUGCCAACGGCACGCAGUCUGAGGUGACUGCUCUGAAGCGACAGCUGUUGACGGCUAUCCGGGCAUCCCCGUCAAAUCUAAAUCCAGUCGUGAGCGCCGAGGAUUUGGAGGAACCUGACAAUGCAAGUGUCGGCUCACUUCUGUUGACACCUUUGAAUUUCUACCAAUACUUCGGAUUCCAAAAUUCGGUGCUACCAUUCUGCGACGUCUUGGAGACUCAAAAUCGGACGGACGUCUCCACCACAGACAACGGCGGCACAGCGCGGUCCAUUGCUCCCGCUUCAGGCAUUGCACUAGAGUACAACGUUAGUACAGCGUGGAAUGCCUUUCUUGUCGCCCUUGUGCAAGUCAACUAUGAUGAGAUCGACUCAGUGAGCCCACCAGAUCCGGUACAGGGCUAUAGCUGGACGUAUCAGUACUGUUCCGAGUAUGGGUACUACCAGCGAGGGAACCCAGACAAUGAGCACACCAUCCAGUCGCAGUUUGUUAGCAUAGACUACUUCCAGGCCAACUGUAACUCCACCUUCCCCGGCCUGCUCCCAGCCAGCCCGAACGUCGAGGCGUCAAACAAGUAUGGCGGUUGGCUCAUGCAGCCUUCCAACACAAUGAUGACCGGCGGUCAAUACGAUCCCUGGCGGGCCUUAUCACCUGCCUCCAUUGAACAAGGAUCCCCAGGGAGGAAGACGACGCAAGUCAUCCCGGGCUGUAACGAACCUCCGGAGGAUAACGACAUCUUUGGUUUGAUUUACGAUGGCAUGGUCCAUGUCAGUGACAUGCGGGCGCUGCUGAAUACGAGUGAUUUCUACCACCAGAAUUUCUCCACGAUCGGCUUCAGCAGUUAUAUAAGUACGGAGCCUUAUUUUGCAGGAACGGCCCUAUUCGAGAGGGCUUUGGAGACAUGGUUGCCGUGCUUUGGGAAGGGUGAGUCCAACAUGACGGGUAUCAUGUGA